ACCAUCUUUCUGAUCCACUGUCUAUUUAGUGUAAUUCAAGGCAAGGUCCGACGAACCGGCGCGUACCAGCCAGUUCGAACCGGUCUGGCCUGUAACUAGGCCUGUUAACGAGCCGAGUCGAGCCCGAGCCUGGGAGGCUUGGGCUUGGCUCGUUUCACAUAAGCUUGGGUUCGGGCUCAGGCUUGGGCUCAGGCUCGGGACCGAGCUCUGUAUUGGGCUCGAGCUCGGGCUUGCUUGGUGAAACAAAGGCUCGGGCUUGAGCUCGUAAAGCCCGUUUCAAUUACGAGCUCAAGCCCGAGCUCGGUCGGCCUCAGGCUUGGGCCCAAGCCCGGGCUCGGGCUCCCAUAUGAAUCCUCAAAAUUCAUAAGCGAACCCAUCAAGCUGCCGUUGGCUUUCACUCAACGGGGAAAGAGAGAAGGAGCAUCAAUGACGUGAUGAGUCAUGCUUCUCCCACAAAAAAAAAUUCCGCUGUUUCGCCCACGCUUCUCUCCGUCAUGCUACAAAACCCCCUUCUUCUCCCCCUCCUCUUCCCAAAAUGUCCUUCUCCCCCUCCUCCGCCGCCGCCACAGCCGACGACAACGCCACGCCUCCCCUCCGACCUCCUCAUCCUCCUUCUUCCUCCGGAACCUCAGCAACCUCGGCCUCGGCUAUGCCAUCGCCGCCGCCCUCGGCGUCCUUGUCCUCCUCUCCACCGUCCUCCUCGCCUCCUACAUCCACUGCCGCGCCCGCGCCCGAAGCACGAAUCCUAAUCCUAACGGUGGCGGCGCCGGCGGCAACUUCAACGGCGUCGUGCUGCCCGACGUAAUCUUCGUCGCGGAGGAGGAGGAGGACGACGAGGACAACAAUGGCGAGGAGGGCGGUCGAGGCUCCGCACCCACCGGGCUAGACGCGGCAGCGAUUAGCUCCUACCCGAGGUUCCCGUUUAGGAGAGGAGGUUUAGCAUUUGUUAUUUGCUGACAGCAUAAAAACUUAAACUAUUGGCCAAAUUGAUAUUAAUAUUUUACAAAUUGUACCAAAUAGGAGACUAAGAGCUAGAGAGGAGGUUUAGCCGUUUAGGAGACUAGGAGAGCUGGAGAGGAGGGCCUUGGCCCGUUGGAUGCAGGAUUUCCAAAUGAUCUCGACUGUCGAAUUCCAAGCUCAUUUGGUUGUGUUAAGUCACGAGCUCAUUUGGGCUCAUGAGCUGCUCGGGCUCGAGCUCGAAUUUAAACAGGCCUCAUUUUGAGCUCGGGCUCGGGCUCGUUUGACUAACGAGCCGAGCUUUUACCGAGCCGAGCCCGAGCAACUCGGCCCGUUAAUAGCCCUAUUUGUAACCGGUAUGCCGGAGCAGUAGAAACCGGUACGGGCUGGUUCUGUGCCGGAGACGAAGAAGACGAAGAGAAGGAGAGAGAGCGCGGGGAAGAGAGGGAAGGAGGAGACCCGUGGCUGCCAUUGGAGAGCCGUGGAGGGGUGGCGGAGCCUGCG